AUGGCAUCCAGCAGCGACCCUGGCAAACCGGCAGCGUCAGGGUGGAUCAAUCCCCAUCGCAAGGUCAAGAAGCACGACAAUGAGGGCAUCGAGGAGCUCAAAGCGUUCACCCAGGUCACACUCGACACGUUGUGCGAUAUGGAGCGGAGGCGGUCUCCAAAGAUCACCUCGGACCUUACCAUUUUUGCUCGUUUGGACGUUGGCAUCAUAAAAAAUCGUUGGCAGCAGUGGCAGUUCUUCGUCCACGACGUCGGCCGCGCCUGGGGAUCCAUGCGGAAGCCGUCGACGGUGGUGUAG